UACUCGAUAAUGGCUUUGAUGUUCAACACACAGCGACUGUUUAUAAAUUAUACAUGCUCAUACUAAUGCUAAUAAUUAACAAUAAAGCAUAAAAACAUACCGCCUCAAUAGCGUCUCGCGCUCGUUGGCGCGCGGGGCGUCACUCAACAAUUUGACGUCAAGGCUUAGCACAAGAUGCUGUUCUACAUCAACCAGUUCAACUCUGAGCAGGGGACUUUAGGCAAAGUCUGGCUGGCAGCCUUUUGGCAGGGAAAAGUCACCAAGGCAGAUGUGCUUCAAUGUAGCGUGGAGUCAGCUGUCAAAGAAAUAAAGUCGCUUGAGCUGAAUGUUGGAAUGAGAACAUAUGGACAUCUACUCCUCGGUGUGGUUCGCAUCCUCUCAAGAAAAGCCGAAUACCUACAUGCUGACAGUAGCGAAGCCCUUGUGAAAAUCAACAUGACCUUCCGUCCAGGCUUGACAGGUGCUCCUGUGAAUACUAGAGCCAUGACUUUAACUGAAGAUUUCACUUGCCUUGAUAGCUCAAUGCCAGAAAUGAGCGACUCGGAUUGCUUCUCACACCACCAGAGUCGACCAGAGGAAAUCACUCUGAAAGACGAUUUGGGGAACAAUUUCCUGAACUUUGUGGCUUCUGGGAAGGACCUGACUUUCCCAAGUCUGGCCUUUGGAGAGGAUGGAUUUGGUGACGAGGGCAACGAACAUGAACUGCUCGCCUUCCUCGAAAGCUGCAGUGACCACGCCGUGGACUUCUUACAUAAGGAACCGCCCGACCAGAAUUCCAAGAACCUAUCACUCCAUGAGAAGCAAGAUGUUGACACAGUAGAGCCUGUGGAAGCUGAGAACUCCACAUUGAACAAGGAGGCGUCCCACCUUAAACCUGUGGCGGCUCCUGUGAACAUGGAGGAGAAGAAGCGGUUGAGACGAAAACGCAAGUUAGUCGUCGAUCAUGUUAAAGAACUGAGCACUGACACCAUCAGAAAGCAGAUUGCCGACUACUCUGACCUGCUCGCCCCAAUGGAGAUGGCUCCGCCGACCAGGACACUCAUGCAGUGGAUGGAGCGCGGCAGUGCAAACAACCUCUUCUCACAGAUGUGCAGCAGUGUCGACUCCUCUACCAUCAAGGAGUUCUUUUCCAGGUGUCUCAUGAUGGAGUCUCCUGACGUAGACUUUGGAGUGGAGGAGGUACAUCAGGAGAAACUCCGGGCUGCAGAACAGAGAGAGGAUAAUAGUGUCCGCAGCAGUUUAGGUGAUUCACCACCAUUGACCACGCCAGAACUCCCAUCAGAAGACUCUCUCUGUGUUCAGCCAUCUGCUGAGCCUCCCGACACUCUUUCCACUCAGUCGGCGGUGAACUACCAAGAAUUCAUGGACAGUAGAAUAACCCAGAGGGCGUGGAGGAUUCAUCGUGUCCUCAAAAGCUGCAAUGCCGCCUCGUUCAGCUUGAUGGCGCUGUGCGCCGGCAACAAUCGCUCACAGGCAGCGGGCACUUUCUCAAGUCUGCUCGUCCUGCAGAAGCUGGAAGUCGUCCAGCUGUACCAGAACGCAACCUACGGGGACAUCCUGAUCACCCCAGGACCAAGGUUCUAGUUUUAGAGAGCAUGCUCAGUUUGAUCUGUUCUAUGGCAAAAUUGGUCAGUGCUAUUCGAUAAUUUAUCAUUUACUGAAAUAAAAUGAACUGAAUGUAAGGCUAGUUUUGGAGCUUUGUUCGUAAUGGGUAGUCUUAACACAGUUUUACCUGUUGAGAGUUAUACAUUUCAAGUGUAUUUAAAUGUAUUUAUAUAUUUAGGUGAUAAUUUAUUCUGUUGUUCUAAGUUUUUGUUGUCCUACUCACUGUUUACCUCCCUGAAAUGUGGGGCUGUUGACUGUAUCCUGGAUCACAAUGCAAUUUCAUGGUUUACUGCUGAAGUUGGUUACAAAAGU